AUCCCCAAGACCCCCGAGGGACCCCCGACCCGGAGAGCCUGACUGGCCAUGGUUAGUGUCUGUCUGUUUGUUCUGUCUUUUCUGUGUGAGCUCAUUUCUGGAAUUCUGGUAGUUCCCGACGCGGUCUAAGUGGACGCACUGGAGGACCACGGGCCGGGAGUUUCGGAAGACGUUCCGAUCCUCCCUUCUGGAGGGACGUGGAAUCCCCUCAUCUGUUUUGGAGGGACGUGGAAUCCCCUCAAAGGUCUGAGAUGAGGUGGGUCACUCCCACUGGUCGGCGUGAGGCCGUCGUCUUUGGAGGGACGUGGAAUCCCCUCAUCGGUUUUGGAGGGACGUGGAAUCCCCUUAAAGGUCUAGGCUAGCUUUCAGUUUUGCUUCCAUGGAGUUGGAAGACUUUCUAGGGGCCCUCUGUUUGUCUGUUUUUGUGUUUCUCUGUUUUGUUCUGUGGACUUACUGGACGGACGUUAUGGGACAGACUCAGACUACUCCUCUAAGUAUUAUGAUUGAUCACUUUAAGGAUGUGAGGGGAAGAGCUAACAACCUCAGUGUGGAAGUCCGAAAGGGUCGGUGGCAGUUUUUUUGUUCUAGCGAGUGGCCAACUUUCAAUGUCAGAUGGCCACCAGAGGGGACCUUCGACCUCCCUACCAUCCACCUAGUCAGGAGUAUCAUCUCUCGGCCUAAGAUGGGCCAUCUUGAUCAGCUCCCUUACAUUAUCACUUGGCAGGACCUUGUAGAAGACCCACCCUCUUGGCUUAAGCCCUUCCUAGCCCUGCUCCCUCCAGAGCCAAAACCCAUUCUUGCUUUGCAGGGGACAAAGAAGAAAAGUCUUACCCAGCCUUCAGCACCCCUCUACCCUGCCCUACAGGGGGGUACUGAAGAAGAAUUAAUUUUUCCUCCCCCGUAUAACCCCUCUAGGAUGCCGGAAGAACACCAUCCUCCCCCUCCGGGGGAGGCAGACGCAGUUCCGAGAGCGGGAGGCGGAAACGCUCCAGUGGGAAGCCCGCCCUUUACCAGACAAAGGGCUCAGAGGGAGCAAUCCGCCUCUGCCGCCUACUCCACUACUCUGCCCCUGAGAGCCACCAGACCCCCAGACGCGGAGGGGAAUCAGCCCCAUCACUAA